CUCUACGAAUCUCUGAGAUCGCCCAUUUUUUCUCUACAUUUACUUUUCCCCACUCUCUCUCUCUCUCUCUCAUGCGAACUAGGGUUUUGUUCCUUUGCUCGCCCUUGACCAGCAGAAUCCUCUGAUGCCGAAUCGAAUCGGAGGAAGGGACAAGGUGCUUCUCCUACUACCUAGGUAGAAAAACAUCUGCCAAAUUGUUGUUCAGCUAGAAAGAACGUUUGCCAUGACGAUAACCACCUUAUCUAAUGUGGCAAUCUCUUCCAUCCCUUCCUUGUUCAAGGAGGCCUUACAACUGAAUACUAACUGGGAUGACGUUACUUGCCCUAUCUGCUUGGAUUUCCCUCACAAUGGUGUCCUACUUCAGUGCUCCUCUUAUCACAAAGGUUGCCGCCCCUUUAUGUGUGACACUGGUCACACCCACUCAAAUUGUCUCAACCGAUUCAAAAGUGCUUACAAAAUGUCUACAGCUCCAAAGGAUCCAUCUCAUUCAGAUUGGUCUUUUGGUGAAGCCUUUGAAGUGAUCCCUUCUAACUCUGAUAACCACCCAACAUGCCCACUGUGCAGAGGAGAUGUAACUGGCUGGAUAGUCAUCAUUGAGGCCAGAUCAUACUUGGACAUGAAAAAACGGUGUUGUGAAGAGCAAGGCUGUUCAUAUAUCGGAAACUUCAAGGAACUUAAAGAGCAUGCUCAGUUAAAACAUCCACAUUCUCAUCCAUCAGAAAUAGACCCAGCAAGAAAACUAGAUUGGGAGAAUUUCCAACAAUCUUCAGAGAUUGUUGAUGUCUUGAGCACUAUUCAUGCAGAAGUGCCACAUGGUGUGGUUUUGGGGGAUUAUGUCAUUGAAUAUGGCAGUGAAGGGACUGGUGCUGAUGAAUAUGAAGAUUUUGCUCGGCGUCAAGGCAGGUGGUGGAACUCUUGUAUCUUAUAUAAGGUUUUUGGUAGCUUAAGGGGCUCAAGAAACAGGCAAAGGUCAAGAGGUAGGAGCACAAGGAGAGGGCGCCAUCAGUCGAGCUCUGGUGGUUCAAGCGUAGAUGGUGAUUCUCCAACAUCUGUGGAUAUUUUGGAGUAUAGAUUUGAUGAAACAGAUGAUGACUUUGCAGGCACCAGCGGUGACAGGGGUGGCAGUAGUGCUACGGCAAGGGGAACUGUUAGUCAACACAGUUGGAGGCGGAGAUCUCGCUUCUAUGAUACAUGAUCCCUGAGCAUGGGCAUCAAAGUGUUGUUACCGUCUUGUUGAGGUUUCCUCUUUUUGUAAAGAUGGAUUAUUCCAAAGAGAUUUCGUUUAUGGCUGCCAUAAACUUUUUGCAUACACAUUCUGUGCAUAUUGAUAUUUGCAUUGCAUUCAAAAUAUCGUCUGUCACCUUCUCUCCUGUAAAAAAAAGAAAAAUAUACAUAG